AUGGAGGCUUUUCGUUCUACUCUGUUGGAUUGUGAUCUUUCUGAUUUGGGUUCUAUUGGAAGAUGGUAUACUUUGGAAAGAGGUCGAUUGUCUAUAAAUAAUGUUCACCAGCGUUUAGAUCGAGGUGUGGCUAACCCAUCCUGGUGGGAUCUUUUUCUGAAUUAUUCAGUUGAGCACUUGACCCACAUCAGUUCGGAUCACUGUCCUGUUCUGGUGUCAACCACUGCUGGUUAUUCUAAUAGGUCGACCUUUUCUUCUUUCUGCUUUGAUGCUAAUUGGGUUCUUGAAACUGAGUGCAAGGAUCUGUUAUCUCCUUCUAAAUGGAGCUCCUCUAGUAAGGCUCGUCGUACUGCUACAACGUGGGGCCUCAAAGAGAAGCUUACCAGGCUUUUAGAUUCUGAUCCAGACGAUGAAACCCUUGUUGAAUUAUUAGAUGUGAGAUUAGCUCUCAAUUUGGAGGCGAAUAAAGAUGAGUUAUAUUGGGAGCAGCGUGCUCAUGUCAAUUGGCUCCACCAUGGUGACAGGAAUAUAAUUUUUCCCCAUAAAUGGGCCACGUAUCGAAAGAAGAAAAACAAGGUGCUUAAAUUGUUAGAUAUCAACGGGAACUGGCUUUUUGAUGAGGAUUUAAUAGCAACUAAUGCUACUGUUUAUUUCAGCAACUUUUCACUGAUCUGA